AUGGGCAAACAGAUCCAUAUAAACAAGAAUGCAUUGCCAGGAAGAUUCAUUGCCACCAGAAAGCAAUUUGUCAACAAGACGAGCUCACAUCGGAUUUCUAUUGCCGUUGCCUACCAGGCUACAGAGGAGAUGGGAUACGCACCUGCCAAGGAGUUGCCGCACUUCAGCCAGGUCUCCUCCAUUGGUGGCCCAAUGCAGCCUGGCCAGCUCUUUGCUCCAAACCUUUUUGCCCCCACUGGGCCCAGGAGCAGCGGCUCUGGCGGCUCCCUCCACCCUGUAUUCCAUGUCACCGUUUCCAACGCAUCUACUUGUGAUGGCUUGGGAGUUCAAGUGUGUCUUCUCACCGUAACAGAACCAAAAGUCACCUUCAAUGUCUCGGUCUCCACCUCCGGCAACGUCCGCUCAUACAUUGUGCAGUGGUACAAAUUCUACUCUGGCCAAAGCCCGCAGUUCAACAGUUAUCGAAGAAGGUUGGGCAACACCUUGAGGGGGGUUAUGGGCCAUAACGGCCAGGUCCUGACCCUGCUUUCCAUCAAGGAGGAUGAUUUCUACCCAAACCUUUUCUGGGCGGAGGUGAGACUGCACCCACCACUGGCCAAACCAGCCAAGGCUGAGGUUUACGAUCUGACGGUCUUUGAGAUGUUAAAUCCGUCUAGCUUGAGAUACUACUUUGUGCUGGACAGCAGACCCAUAGAGUUGGGCGAGUUUUUGGAAGGGAGUGCUGUUGCCAUUUACUUGCCCCAGUACCUCCAGCUACCACCUUCCAGCUUUGUCCAGUGGACCAAGGAGCCGCGACCGAUGGGACUGCUGGCCAGCACUCCGGUGGUCCUGGCUGACACCACAGAAGGGAUUCAGAUUGAAAGCUUAACGGAACAUGAUUUUGGCUACAUCCGAGCGCUGGUUUACGAUUUCAGCCCCGACGUUCCUGGACGAGUGUUGGUAGCUCAGAGGCUCUUUCUUGUGAAGAAAGACAUCACCAGAAUGUGUAAUGGGAAUUACAACGAGGCCAACUGUUACUGCAACCCAGGAUUUGAGGGAAACGGUGUACACUGUGUCGAUGUAGAUGAGUGUGCAGAAGGGAUGCCCGUGAACUGCCUGCCAGAGGCAGAGUGUGUCAACACCUAUGGGUCUUAUUUUUGCCGCUGCCCGAAAGGUUUCGAAGGAGAUGGUCGGAUCAGCUGCAUAGACAUAGAUGAGUGCACAAGGGGAAGCCAUGCCUGCAACCAAGAUGCAAUGUGCUUGAACACCCUGAGCUCUUAUUACUGCGUGUGCCAAAGCGGGUUUGUUGGCGACGGCGUCCACUGCAAAGCCAAAAGCACCUGGUCCCCAUGGUCUCCGUGGUCCGUCUGUUCCGCCACUUGUGGCUUCCAGAACCAGAUGCGGAUCCGCCGGUGCACUCACCCCGAGAGCGGGAUGCGCUGUGUGGGUCCUUCUGCUGACCUCAAGCCGUGUCUUGACCUCCCAUCUUGUCCCGUGGACGGCCACUGGUCUGAAUGGUCGCCCUGGUCGUUGUGUGCAGAGACGUGUUCAGGGGUCAAGGAACGGAUCCGGACUUGUGACAGCCCUGGACCUUCCGGAGGAGGGACACCGUGCCAAGGGGAGAAGGUCCAGUUCGCCAUGUGUGACAACAAGCCAUGUCCAGUGGAUGGAGGGUGGUCUGCUUGGACCUCGUGGGCUCCUUGUCCUGUCUCCUGCGGACUUGCAAUUGUGAGCCGAACCCGGCAGUGCAACAAUCCAGCCUCAAAGCAUGGAGGGAAGAACUGCAGUGGCCACGGAUAUGAGGAAGGCUCCUGCGGAUUUCCAGAGGCUUUCUGCAAAUACCUGAAUAUUGUCUGAAUCGACAAUAUCAAGGAAACCAAUUCACUAACUGGCAAGAAGGACGUCAACCACAAGACCGAGUUGUCCUCGAUUGUUUCUUGGCUUCUGCAGUUGCGAUGGAAGUGGGCCCCAGAACUGAACCUGGUGCCCUGUGGUUGGGGUACAACCAGGUACAUUGGUUGAACGUAGACGGAUGCCCAGAAACCAUUUCUGAGAAGACUUCAAGGCUUCAAGGGAUGGCUUUGGGGCAAAGGCUAUCUUCGGAAGGAAACCGGGCAAACCACAGAACUGUCUUCUCUGGAAGCAGAAGAUCCAGAACAGAUAAUGUGAGGAAUGUUCAUACAUUGUGUUCACAGAUUGUGUUGUGUUUGGGAUUCCUGCACCCCACCAUUUUGAGGGAUGGAAACCAACCACAGAUAAGCAAAUAAUGGCAAAGGACUCUAGACCAGGUCAAAGAAUGCCACCUUCUAAUGAAGCAAAGAGUCCCGUCAAUGAUGAAGGUGAUUAAAGGUUCAUUCCCCCUAA